AUGUCCAGCUUGUCUCGAACAGGCCACCUCAUUAUCGAUCAGAUCAUUCGCGAUGUCGAUUUCAGACUUCCGCCCGAGGUAAUAUUAAGGGCUUACGUUCACACCUCUCAUUUUACGUUCGGCUUCCACGAGUUCGAUCUCAAGAUUUUGGUGAAUCUGGAGCACUUAGAUCAUCCCAUGCAAUGCCACAUCGACAACCGCGAUUUGCCAAGGAAAACCAUCGAUCCCAUCCGUGUUUCCCUCCGGGAAUUACUACAGCACAAACUGGAUGAUGACCGCAUGAACCUUACGAGGUUUGAUGCCGGGAUGAUUGUCUUGCAGAUGGUGGAAGAGGCAACUUCACACAUUCAAGAGUAUCGGCAAUCCUCCGGCCAAUACUGGGAUCUUGACAAGGUUAAGAACAUCAACACCUUGCUUGACCCUAAACUGAAAUUUAAGGGGGUGAAUCUAGACAGUGUCCAAGACUGCGCCACCCACAUUCUCGGCAAAACUCCUGCACAAAUCUUCCACGACAUAUUGCCAGAUUGGAGAAUCUUACACUGCGAAAACAUCCUCAGGAAUGACCUUCAAACUAACUUUCUACUCAACCGAGAGGAAAUGCGGAAGAAUCUCAGCAAAUACACCUAUAGUCAAUUGAAGUCUUCUGUUCCCAUCGAGCACCGUCGGCUGAGGGGCAGCAGCGAAGCUUCCAAAGAGCAACUCAUUGAGUAUCUGAUCAAGCCCCGAAUCAGCUUUCAUGGAACCCGACGAGAUCUUGUCCCUUCCAUCGUUCGAUGCGGCUUUCUUAAACCCGGAGACGUACAUCCAAUCACCAAAAAGCCCCUUAUUGUUCACAAUGGCAGUCUCUAUGGAAUGGGCAUAUACUCGUCUCCAGAUCCUGCGUACGCUAUGCUUUACAGCGGAGGCCAGUCCGAAAGCACAAAGACAUCAGCACUUCCGGGGAUGAAGUUGAUUGUAUCUGCAGUGGUCAUGGGUAGAGCGGCGGUAAUCGAACACGAAGAUAACUGGUGGAGUCGAGAUAAGCCCUACCCUGGAGCCGAUAGUCAUGUCAGCGCGCCCGGAAAUGCGUAUAUCGUUUUCAACUCGGCUCAGAUCCUUCCUUGUUAUGUCCUUCAUCUUGAUUGGACUGGGUCAACGGCCGAAGACACGCAGAAUUUCCUUCUCAACAACCUGUCAACGGGAACUCAAGGAAAGAAACGCCGCGCAGUAGCCGAGACGUCCAUGGCUCCUGGAGAUGUUCUGCGAUUGAAGCAGGAGAGGUUGGCAAGGGCUCAGAAGUUCUUUGCAUAUGGCUUUGGACCAGUCUCCGGCCGCAAUAUCGUCAUUGAAGACAUCGGGGACAUUGAUGACGACGAGGAGGAUUAUGGAGAUUACCAGGCAAAUCGUAUCGACGCAACCUCCACGCAAGCCUCGAAUCCCUGGAACUGGAAACUUGAUGGAGAGACUGCGUUCGAUGAGUAUGCGGACGCAAGGAAGGGCAAACCGAGUAAGAAAGAUAAAGCUGUUAUUUUGGACGACGGUUCGACAUGGUGACUCUAGGCGCUGUAGCUCGUCAUAGACAUCCGCACACUUCUCUGUCACUGCUUGUGGUAUCUCGUGGUAUUUUCAAACUCACGGUUCUGACGGAAGGCCCGUCCUUUGAACAACAAGGAAACUCAUGAAUUACCCCGAGCAGCGGAAGAGGGGUGUACACAGAUUGGAAGUGUGAUCCGCUGCCCUGGAUUUUCGAAGAUCCUGUCUGCUAGCGUACCUCUCUAGAAACCCUAUAUAUGCCCCUCUUCCUACAUAGAUAAUACACAAG